AUGGACAUCUCGCGCGUGAAGAAGCUUUUGAGGAAUCAUCCGACCCGGGUGCCGGUCGUUUGCUGGAGGGGUGCUGGACGCGGGGGCGACGACUACAAAAAGCUCUUGAUGCCCAAAGAGUAUCACAUCCAAGAGUUCGUCGUGAAAGUGAAGGAGCACGUGCCAUGGGCGAAAGACAGGAGCGAGGUAAAGUGCAUCCCGCAUGAUAUCCUGCUGAGCGCUGAGAACGCCACGGCACAAUGGACUGUAAGGGAGCUCUACGCGACGUACGCCCUGGGCGACCUCUGUCUCCACCUGGAGGUCUCCACCGGAGAGGUCGAAGUGAAGGAGGAGUUGCCGGAACAAGGGGAGCCUAUCUUGAACUUCAUUCCGGAUCCGACGUUCGAUGCACUUCUGGAGCAGAUGUACCAGCACACGGCGACGAAUGGCAUGCUCACUCCACCGGGGCCCCUGGCGCCAAUUCCGGCGAUGCCGCCAUACCACCUCUAUGGGCUCGGCCCAGCACCAGCGACACCGCCAGUACCCCCCACGCCUACUGAGCCUGGGCCAGUGCCAUCGACACCACCCCACCUUUUACCGCGUGGGGCAGCGCCCACGACGCCUUCAGGAAUGCUUGGACCGGUGCCAUUGACUCCGCCCGACUUCGCACCGCGUGGCGCAGCGCCUACGACGCCUCCAGGACUGCGCGUUCAAAUUGAGCUUGGACCGGUGCCAUUGACACCGCCCGACUUUGCACCGCGUGGCCCAGCACCUACGACGCCUUCAGGAAUGCUUGUGCCGGCACCAGCGACGCCGCCAGAACAACUUUUCUCAGCACCCUUCAGCCCUGAGCUUCUGCCUGCGCCGGCGACACCGCCUCAACAGCUUUUCCCAGCACCCAUCAGCCCUGGGCACAGGCUCGGCCCAGCGCCGUCGACGCCUACAGCGCCCUUGACUCCUUUGCCAGUACCCACUGGGACCGCCAACAGCGCUUUCCUGGACUUCGCGGACUCCACAAGGCUUGGGCCAGCGCCAUUCACGCCCGUGACCCCUUUCCCCUUGCCAGCUGAGCUGCCGGCGCCAUCGACGCCUCCGGCACUGUUGACACCCCUCCCAACACCCACUGAGCUGGGGCCAGCAGCGACGACGCCAAGAGACUUCGUUCAGGUUGCAGAGGGACCCGUGUCAUGUCAGGGUCCCAACGACACAUUCCCUGCCCUUGUGUCGCUGGACGCAAACCUUGUUGAGGUCGCAGCCAGCCCGAUCAGGAAGAAGAAGCGACCAGCCCCGGAGAAAGUCUCGGAUCGUGCCAAGCGCCCAAGGAGCGGCGUCAAGGAUCUCUUUGUCGAUAUCAGCCGGAUGGCUGCAUUCUCGACGACGGGCUAUGUUCUUGGCGGUGGACAGUGGGGAGCGAUGCUGGGCUUUGCGACCGCAUGCGUCAAGGCGGUGCAGUGA